AUGAAGGCCAUGAAGGGGCUUAGCGUUAAUCGCAUGAUGAGCACGCUCAAAAAGCGAACAACCACAAGCUUCAGUGGACCCGGCGAGGUGUCGGCGCCGGACCCGCAGAACGAUACCCCCGAAGCCAUCGCAGCUCGCAGCGUCAGACAAUUCUGCGAGUCUGGAGGUCUCAAUGCCCAAGGCGAUGAAGUCCUUUACCUCCCGCCCAUCGUCGAGGCCGCCGAAUCCUCUCCUGCAGCCGCGGCCGAGUGCGCCCGCAUCAUCCGAAAAUACUUGUCAAAGGAUAACAUGGCCAAGGCCUCGUGGCAGUACAACGCCAUUAUGUUGAUUCGCAUCCUGACCGACAACCCGGGCCCAACCUUCACUCGGAACAUGGACAAGAAGUUUGCCGAUACCGUCAAAGAUCUCUUCCGUUCUACGCGCGACCCUAGUGUCAGGCAGAUGAUAAUGGAAACGUUGGAUACCUUUGAGAUGACAAAGUUCGAUGAUCACGGCCUCGGAGAGUUGAUUGCCAUGUGGAAGAGGGAGAAGGAAAAGAGCUUCAAGCAGCACGGGCAACCCAGGCAGCAGCAGCCUGUUCAGCCUGAACCGCGAUCAAUGAAUGCGCCUCCCUUUGAUCCCCAUUCACAAAACUACUUUGCCCGCCAUCACAACAACCCGAGCUUGCCGAGUCCUUCAGAACUAGCAAGCAGGUUAGAAGAAGCGAGGACGUCCGCGAAACUGCUCUCUCAAGUUGUCAUCAACACACCUCCUCAGGAGGUGCUUGACAACGACCUGAUCAAGGAGUUCGCUGAUAGAUGUCAGAGCGCUUCGAGAAGCGUGCAGCUGUACAUGAGAGCCGAGAAUCCCUCGCCUGACAACGAUACCAUGGAGAACUUAAUUGAUACCAACGAACAACUUCAAUCUGCUCUGAACCAGCAUCAAAGGGCAGUACUUGGUGCGCGUAAGCAGCUUGGUAUUGGUGCGCGUUCAGAGAACGCCAGCCCAAUCAGUCCACAGUCAGCCACCGGCCAGCAUCCGGAGCCGCCACAACAACAGUGGUCGCAGGCGCAAUCAUCAUCAUCUAGCUCAACGCCCGCUCCCGUUCUGCCAGCCCGGCCGGCCGAAGGUAACGGGAAGGGAAAAGCAGCUGAGUCGUUUGCGCCGCCUCCCGGCCCUCCGCCCAAGUCUCAGCCAGAACCCCCGGCCGAAGAUCCCUUCAAAGAUCCCCAGCCACAAACCAACUAUUCGUCUUCUAGCAAAGCCGGUGGAUCAGGCUACGCAGCGGAACUUCCAUCCGAAGAACCACGCCUUGCUUUCGAUCCAUACCACCCAGGCUUCAAUACCACACCGAGCUAUCUUGGAAGGCAGGACAGUGCCGUAGGCAAGGUGACUAUGCAUGGUGCUGAUGCCGCCACGACGCCUGGCCCCCUUUCAGGUAACCCAAUUCAGACUGUUGAUCUUCGAGACCGUCACGAGGCGCCUCAGGAGGCAUCUGAUGACGAUCUCUACGAGUCCACCCCGAAGAAGAGAAACCAAGGUCAAAGGUACUGA